UACACAUGCAAUGACUGUCCCUGCUGUAAUUUACCAGAAUGGCUGGAGAUCUUUGUGCGAUUUUUACACUCUGUGUCAAAAUCUAAAUUCUUCUGCCACCAAGCCAACCCAAAUCUGUGUCUGUCAGCUCAAAUGGAGCCACUUGUGUGUGCGGACCAGACAAUCUAUUCUGCAGAGCAGGCUGGAAGUCGUACGUCCAGGAUGUACUGCUGAGGGCUUGGUGGAAGUCAGUGCGAGAGAGACACAAAAAUACUUCCUGAAUAGAGAGGUGCCAAUUUUCGCGAGUGCACUCAGCGAGACAGGUCCACAUCCUGUGGACCUUUAUCCCACAUCCACCUUGAAUCCAUGGGCACCAGUAUUCCACGGGUAG